AUGAACAGCGCUUGCACUGCCACGACGCUUUCCCAAUGCGAGACGCUCUGUGCGAUGACCUUUCCCGGUGGUGGACUUGACGGCACGGUGGAUCUGCUGAAGCUUCUGCAAUGGUGCACUGGCCUGUUUCUGUGGAUUCUGAACGUCGGCUGCGUCGCUUUGGCUCAUGGUGAUGCAGCCAGGUACUCGACCUACAGCUUCCAGGAAGAGCUGAUUCUUUCUGCAGAGAUGAGGACCCUCCGAAGGCUCAGCCGAAAGUACGGAGUGCCCUGGGAAGAGGUGGACAACGUGAAGCGCCACGGUCAGUUCGACAACGUUGAUGAGGAUGGUUCAGGUGACAUCACCUUUGAGGAGUUUAGCGACGUCUUGCGACGAGUUCUCCAGGUCCCUCAGAACUUGGAUCUUCCGGUGAAUCGCGUCAGGCACUUUUGGAAGGAGCUGGACCAUGAUGGAAGUGGGAAGGCCGACUUCACCGAAUUCCUUCCAUGGUGGCUCAAGUACUUUCACAACAAGGAGGGCCGGAAGAUGUUGGUCAAGCCUUUUGAGGACUUCUACCGCAACGUCCGAAACCUCAAGAACCCCGAUCCGCCUCCUUAUCGAAAAGGCAAGAAAGUGGUAACUGCUGCAUCGGGCGCGCCUUCAAAGAAAGAUCACUUCCAGGACC